AUGAAGAAACAUGAUGAAGAGCUACAGGGGAGAGAACAUGAUGAGAGCCUGGAGCCAGAGCUCACCAUCCUGGAACCCAUAUUAUUUCACCUCAUCCAGAUAGCAUCCUUUGCCAACCAAACCUGGGUACAAAAUCAAGGCUCAGGUUGGCUGAACGAGUUGCAGACUCACGACUGGGAGAACGAAUCAGGCACCAUACGUUUCCUACACAGCUGGUCCAAGGGAAACUUCAGCAACAAGGAGCUGUUAGAUCUGCAGCUGCUGUUCCGUGUCUACUUCAUUGGAUUUACUCGGGAGAUUCAAGAGUAUGCUAGUGCAUUCAACCUGGAAUACCCUUUUGAGAUACAGGUGUCAGUUGGCUGUGAGCUGUACCCUGGAGACACUCCACAAGGCUUCUUCCAUGUAGCUUAUCAAGGGUCAGAUUUCAUGAACUUCCGAAAUACGUCAUGGGUGCCCUCUCCAGAGGGAGGGAGUAGGGCCCAGAAUGCUUGCAAUCUUAUCAACCAGUACCAAGGCAUCCUGGAGACGGUGCAGGGACUCAUCAGGAACACUUGCCCCCGAUUUCUCUUGGGUCUGCUGGAUGCAGGGAAGAUGUAUCUCCACAGACAAGUGAAGCCACAGGCCUGGCUUUCCAGUAGCCCUGCUCUCACUCCUGACCAUCAGUUGCUGGUUUGUCAUGUUUCUGGCUUCUACCCAAAGCCCAUUUGGGUGGUAUGGAUGCGGAAUGAGCAGGAGCAACCAGACACUAAACAAGGGGACAUUCUUCCCAAUGCUGAUGGGACUUGGUAUCUUUGGGCCACGCUCAAUGUGACUACUGAGAAAUUAGCAGGCUUGUCUUGUCAGGUGAGGCACAGCAGUCUGGGCAGCAAAGAUAUCAUCAUCUACUGGGGACAACAACACAGCUCAAUGAACUUGAUUUUGGCCGUUACCAUGACGUUGGUGCUUCUGAUAGGUCUCGCAUUAUGGUCUAAGAAGCGUUGGUGA